AUGCAAGCUAAACCUUGGCUUGAUUCCGGUGAAAGCCUCCGAGUGUCAAGGAUCAUUAAAGUCGAGAUAAAUUGGAUAGAAUACGAUCUUGCAAUCGCUUUGUCGCCAAAGCGUAAAAGACGCAAUGCAGGAACUUCGAAAGAAAUACAAAACGAUCUACUGGAUUGUAUUCUUGAAGUUUGUCAUGAAGAAAUAAUAAAACAGAUUAACAGAGCCUCAUAUUUAGCGAUAAUAGCAGAUGAAACAACAUUUCAGGGAAAACCCAACUGGUAA